AUGGCAUCUCCAGCACCCAGAAAGCACAGCAAGUACUACUUUGAAGAUGGAAAUAUUGUAUUUCUGACCAGCGACAAGACUCUAUUCCGCUUGCAUAAAUCAAUCCUCCGGUUGCACUCCACGUUCUUCGAUGAUAUGUUUAAGAGUGCAAUUUCGCCAACCAAAGACGAGAAGGGACAAGAUAUUCCGACUGAUGGAUCUUCGGACGACAAUCCAAUCCAUCUUGGCGGGCACUCCCCAGCCACAUUACACGACUCUGAAAUGGAGACCAUGUGUCAGGUUUUAUACGACAUGCCUCUCACCCCCGCAUCAGAGCUCAAAAUCGAUCAAGCUGUGGCAUUACUACGAGUCGCUGCCAAGUUUCAAUUCGAAUCCAUCCAAUCAAGAGUAAUUGACAGACUCGACCAGGCUGUUAUUUCACCAGCCAAGCGUUACGCAUUCGCCAUCGACUGUCUUGUCGAUGAGUGGAUCUCUCGGAGCUAUCUUGAUAUAUGCACCGCUGUGAACUCUCCUUCGGCCGAGCUGUGUGCAGAGUUUGCGCAACGUGCCGAAAUAAGCAAACUAUCAAGCAUCAUGCUACUUCGCGAGGACUACAGAGGAAAAAUUUUGAUCUACAUCCACGGGAACCAACUCCACCCUUAUGCUUCUAGUCAAAGUAGUCCUACAUCGGUGUGCAACAGUUGCCUCCCUGGUAUCAAGCAGCUCCUGUUGCGAAUACUGACCACGGGCGGGAUCACCGACCUUGACGGUUCCGACCCAUCUGAGCUGCCAUCACUCCACUGUCGUUUGCUCAAAGGGAUACAGCCAAAAUCGAAUGGACAAACGACUAUAUCGAUUUGCGCCAACUGUCGGCCCAAAGAAAAGGCGAUUGUGUCCCAAGUCUUGGGCCUUGAUGAUUUGAAAAAUGAAAUUAGGAAGGUUAUGCAUCUACCGUGA